AGAUGUCAACCGAGAAUGAAGAUGAACAAGCGGUAGACAUCUUGACCACAGAUCCCCUCUGUUAGUAUUCAACUGGCUAUGGCAUAGGAAACAUUCUUCCCACAUGACAAAAAGCGGGCUAACGAAAUGCUCAUCUAGUUGUUAGAGAUGCAGGAGUCAGAGUAGUCAACAAACACUUGACAGUGAGAACAGCAACAAAUAAUAACGAAAAGUAUGAGAAAAGACACUAACUUAUUUACUUUGUCUCUUCUUGCGGAUGUGUAGUUGCGUUCAACAAUAGCUGGUCUAUUGAUUGGAACUAUCAUGUGCUUUUCGAACAUGUACUUUGGUCUACAAACAGGCUGGGUUUCCAUGAUGUCGCUUCAAGCUUCCAUGCUCGGCUUUUCUAUCUUCAAGCUGUUCUUCCCGAAACACAGCAGCGAUAAUCGACCUGACUUUGGGCCACAGGAAAACGUUUUCUUACAAACAGUAGCUGUAGCAACAGCUACCAUGCCUUUGGCAGCCGGUUUUGUAGGCAUCAUUCCUGCUCUGACUCAACUGUCCUGGUCGGAAGGAGGAGCUAUCCUUUUCCCGGCGUGGAAACUCGUUGUCUGGUCCUUGGGACUCUCAUUCAUUGGCGUUUUCUUCGCUGUUCCUCUAAGAAAAGAAACAAUCGUUCGAGAGCAAUUGCCUUUUCCUUCCGGCACAGCGACAGCACAAAUGAUAGAAGUAUUGCAUGAACAUCACGAACAGCAACAAAUGGAAGAGCAAGAACAGUUAUUGACACUUCGAAGAAGACAAGCUCGGCGCACGACAUCUUUACAACCAGGAAAUAACAAUGACGCGUUAGAUCAUGAUGGAUUUGAGCUUUCAACCUUACACUUGGAUGCGCCUUCCUCAUUUUUCGAUGAAGCAGAAGAUGACGAAGAGAUUGAUACAGUUUUUGCUAUGCAUGAACAUCAUCAGUCGUGGUCCAUCAAAAUGAAAGCAUUCGUAUCGUCGUUUGCAGUAUCCUCUACUUUUACGCUGGCUUCGUAUUUCUUUCCAGUAUUAUAUGCACUUCCUGUUUUUAAUUGGUUAACUUUGAAUAGGAUUGACUUUAGAUCUUGGGAAUGGUAUUUUACACCUAGUUUAAGUUACAUCGGUCAAGGCAUGAUCAUGGGGCUUCCAGUGACACUCUCCAUGUUAGCAGGCUGCAUCGUGGGUUGGGGCCUCCUAUCACCUUUAGCUUACUUUUCCGGUUGGGCACCAGGUUCUAUUGAUGACUGGCAAUCAGGUGCCAAGGGCUGGAUUCUGUGGAUAUCAUUAGGUAUUAUGAUUUCGGAAUCGAUUAUUUCGCUGUUUGUUACACUUUUCAAGCAACUGUAUACCACCAUCAACACAAAGUUCAGACAUGCCUAUACGAGCAUUCAGCAAUCAAACCAGGAAGAAUCAUUAGAAGACGAGUUCAAUGGAGUCAAACCAAACGAUAAGGACAAGCCAAUCGAAGAUGCUCCUCCAGACCAGCAAGUGCCACCUUAUAUGAUCAUUUUUGGUUUAUUAGCUUCUGUUGUUUUGUGCGUAGGCUCUGUCCAUAUGGUCUUUGGCGAUAACGUGAUGCCUGUUUCUAUGACCCUUUUGAGUAUUUUAUUUGCUCUCUUUCUAAGUAUUCUUGGUGUCCGCGCACUAGGAGAAACGGAUCUCAAUCCCGUCAGUGGUAUUGGUAAAGUCAGUCAAGUGGCAUUUGCUGCCUUCAUGCCUGGUAACAUUGUCGCAAACCUCAUAGCAGGUGGAGUUGCAGAAGCAGCCGCUCAACAAGCAGGCGAUCUCAUGCAAGACCUUAAAACAGGCUAUUUACUUCAUGCUUCUCCUAAAGCACAAUUUUAUGGCCAGCUUAUCGGAUCAUUGCUUAGUUCGUUUAUAGCAACAGGUGCGUAUUUAAUGUAUACUUCUACUUAUACCAUUCCUGGGCCCCAAUUUUCUGUUCCUACUGCUCAAGUGUGGUUGGAUAUGGCAAGACUCGUCAAUGGGCACCCGUUGCCUCCCCAUGUGUAUGAAUUUAUCGUUUCAUUUGCUAUCCUCUUCGGCCUUCUUGUGAUUUUGAAGGCGAUGGAAGAUCGUCUCAGAUGGGUUAAAAAAUGGAGCUGGUUGUUUCCUCAAGGUAUUGCUUUUGCUGUGGGAAUCUACAAUCCACCAAGUUUUACGUUGGCAAGAGUGAUGGGUGGUAUUACCUGUCAUAUAUGGAAUCGAUAUUGUGAAAAGCCGAAUGACACGGUCAUCAUCAUUAUAGCCAGCGGUUUCGUUUUAGGUGAAGGAACAUGUGCUAUUGUAAAUAUGCUUUUAUACGCUCUAAGUGUCCCACACUUUUCAUAA